GACGUUAUAUAAAGAAACAAUACAUAUUUCCUACCCCUUUUUUUCUGAAAAUUUUUUGACAAGAAUUUUACGUUGCAAGAAUUCCAAGAAAUAUAGAGAGAAUCAGUGGAGACUGGACAAACGGGGAGAUACGAAGAAGAGCUGAUUGCAAACAUGAGCGCGCAUCCGUUUCUGAAAAAGCCCAAAGUGGAGCCAGAUAUGGAGAACGGUGGUGGAAGUAUCGGCGGAGAAGCCAAUAAUGACGGCAAGGAUGUUCCUGCAGAUACGAAUGAUCAGUCAAGGAGUGAGCAAGAAGAAGCCCUAGUUGCUCUCGUUGAACAUCGCACUAAGGAGGUUCAUGAUCUCCGGCAGCGCAUCUCUUACUAUAAAUCUCAGCUCAUUGAAGCAGAGAGAAGAUUAGAUGACACACAAGGGAAGCUGGCUCGCCUUCGUGGUCAGGACAGUAUUACAACAUCCAAGAGCGUUCAUGAUAAUGGUAUGAAGAAAGUGAAAUCCAAAACAAGUUCCAUGAAUCCUGCUUUGUGUAGUGAAGAUUCAUAUAAAAGUCAGUCUGAGACUAAAGCACAAGAUGAGGGUAUGGCAAUUAGACCUCUAGAGAAUAAAUCAGCAUGUACUUCCCGGAGGACAGAACUAUCUUCUGGAAACCAACUUCAGGGUAAACCACAACUUGUAAUUCCUGAUGUGAAACCAAAAGUUUCUCAACCAACUAAGAUGACAGAAUCUGAACCUAACGUUCGAAGUGGUCCUGGUUCGUUGACGGGUGAACUGGCAUUUCCUCACAGUAGUAGUACAACGAAGAUAAAAGGAGACAAAACUCUGAGGAAGCCUUCUGAGAAGGAUGCUGAUGUUCAAAAUAAAGGAACUAAGAGAAAAUUUGAGCAGAAGGAGCACAAAGAUCUAAUCCCUAUGAUUCGUACUAGUUCUUCACCCUGCACUAUCCGCUGCCAGACAUGCUCUGCUAUAUCGAGUCAACAUAAGAGAAAGCUUAGAAGUCUCAUCUUGUGCCCAACCAGCGAGCAACUUUUUGCCACAAGUGCGCUGGAUGGAGUUGUCAACCUGUGGCAGGUUCAGAGCAGAGGAUCUGCUAAUCUUCUUAGUACUACCGAUUGCUUGUCAGCGAAGCAUAGGAGAUGGCCAGAAGAUAUAGCCUGGCAUCCUGAAGGGGAUACUAUAUUUUCAGUUUACAGUGCUGAUGGUGGAGAAUCCCAGAUUUCAAUCCUUAAUCUGAACAAAGGGAAAGAGAGAAUGCGCGUAAGUUUCUUGGAAGAGAAGCCUCAUGUGAGAGGCAUCAUCAACAACAUAGUGUUCAUGCCAUGGGAAGAUAUCGGUUUUGUUACUGGUGGUAGUGAUCAUGCUGUUGUCUUUUGGACUGAGAAAGAAGGGGCAAAUUCAUGGAAGCCUAAAGCAUUGCAUAGAAGUAUGCAUUCCUCAGCUGUAAUGGGAAUUGCUGGUAUGCAACAUAAGAAAAGUGUGAUGUCUGCUGGUGCCGACAAGAGGAUUAUCGGAUUUGAUCUUCAAGCUCAAAGAGCCGACUACAACCAUCAAAUAGACAGCAAAUGCAUGAGUAUUUUGCCCAAUCCACGUGACUUCAAUCUCUUUAUGGUUCAGGCAGGGACAUUAGAGAAGCAGCUUCGGCUGUUUGAUGUCAGAGCAAGGCAAAGAGAGGUCCAUGCAUUCGGGUGGAAGCAAGAAAGCAGUGACUCACAAUCAGCUCUCAUAAAUCAGGCUUGGUCUCCCGACGGCUUGUACAUCACAUCUGGUUCAGUUGAUCCUGUCAUCCACAUAUUUGAUAUAAGGUACAACUCACACAAACCUUCUCAGUCCAUAAGGGCCCAUCAGAAACGAGUCUUCAAAGCUGUUUGGCACCACUCUCUCCCUCUCCUCAUAUCCAUCUCUUCUGAUUUGAACAUUGGGUUGCACAAAGUCACUUGAGUGUCAAAAAUAUCUCAACUCGUCUAGCCCUGCCUCUUCCCUCCUUGCUAUUUGUGUUGAGGAAUCUUAUCUCCCAGAGAUGUCUGAUCUGAGAUAAAACACACAUAGCAUAGUAACGUGCACUGACAUGAAAGUGAAAACGACUCCAUUUUUCAUCAACGAUGUUGCUCACCCUAAGGGUUUUUAAUACACUAGAACUGAGCUCCGUUAAAUCUGCAUAAUGGCUUUAAACCUUUUUCUAGUUGCCAUCUUGGUGAAUGAUUUCUUGCUCCAUGUAAAGUAUGCCACCAUGUAUUAUGUUUUGUCAGGUAUAGUGAAGAUUAUUAGAUGGAGAGAAAUUGUAUACACAAUGGAAAUUUUGUAAAAUGCCUGAGGACAAAUUAUAAAUGUUGUUUCCCUGCCCAAA